UUGUAGCUGGGCUCUUUCCGAGGUUACUGCCCAAUGCUGUGAAUCAAUUCAAGAGUUUCGAGCCAAGGGAAAACACACGGAGCCUGUGUCAUUCAGUCUAGAAUAACACAGACACAAAGUUCAUUGAACGUGUUCAGAAGUAGCGACGUAUUCAAGUACUUCAAAGUUUUAUUUUUGCUACCGCACGGGACAAAGGAGCAUGGACGUUGUUUUAAAAAUACUUACAUUUUUUCCCCCUGGAGUAUUCAAAGUUAAGUCAACUCGGGCAAUUAUUUUUAUUUUUUGACACCAAACCACGUAUGGCACAAAUGAACAUUGGAAAUGCAGGUCUAGUGUAACUUUCUCAAUCUAUAUGUUGGGACAACGUUUAAAUCAAUGCCUGUGUUAAUAUUUUUUUUCUGUUGCGUUUACAGUCAGUACUGCUAGUCAUCGGUACUACUAGUUUAAACCAAAUUGCAAUUCUUAUUAUAUUUAUUUUUUGAAGAGUUUGACUUGACAGUUUUUUUAAAAAUGUAUACUGCCGUUUUACUGGGAUAAACACACAACGUUGUUGCUGAUGUAAUUUGCAUGAGGAGCUCAGAGUAACAUCACUGUACACUUAAUUUAAUUUCUUGGUGCCAUUUUUCUUUAAUAAAGCAAACAUUACAAUGACAUUCGAUAGGUAGAUGGGAGAAGAUGGAAAAUGUUCUCAAGACGAUUUUUAUUUUCAGUCUUGUUAACGGCUUGAUCAUGGUGAGUUAUUACAAAACACGGAUCGCAUUGGGGAACAAUGAAGGAUUCCUGGAAAACAGAACAGCGAUCUUAAUUUCAACUCUGAGCUAAUGCGAGAAAAAAAGCAGAGCAGGACAGGAUCUGAGAUUGAACACCUUUUUUUAGUUGUUGGAGUGAUUUGCCUGAACAAGCCAGCUUAGUUAAACGGGCGCCUUGGAAUUCUGCUAAAUCAGUUCCUGUGGAAAUUAUGACAUCGUCUGUGGAUAUAGCGUUCAAACGGGCUUUGAAGAAACAGCCAUUUGAAAGGACAGAAGAGGAUUUAAACACUAUUUUUUCUCACCUUCAUGGCAUGGAUGUUUUAUCUCAUCUCCGAGAACAUCAGCUAAGAUCAAUGUGUACCACAGCUCGUUAUGAGAGGCAUGAAGCCCAUCGUGUCCUGUUCUACCCCCACAGCAUUUCUACAUGUUGGUAUAUCCUACUCUCGGGCUCAGUGUUCAUGAAGGAAUCCAUGUUUUUACCCAGAUGCUGUUUUGGCAAGCAGUCUGGGGGGAGAAGAGGCUGUGAAUGCAUCAUUUUAGAGCCGUCAGAAAUGAUUGUGGUGGAAAACACCAAUGAGAACGAGGAGAAUGCCUUGCAGCGGGAAGAUCCACACCGUCAGUCCCGACGCAGAUUCACAAAAGUCAACCCAAAGGGGGAGAGGCAGAUCAUCACAGACAACGUGGAGUCCUCCAGCUACCCCCUGGAUUAUGCUGAUAACCAGCUUCCUGCAGACCUCACCAAGAUGCACCUCACAGACAACCCUCAUUCGCACAUGACGCACGUCCCUCCCAGCCAAUCAGGGUGCAGCAUUGCCAGUGACUCGGGGAGCAGCAGCUUGUCUGAUAUCUACCAGGCUACAGAGAGCGAGAUCGGGGAUGUGGAUCUGUCCGGGCUUCCAGAAGCAGCUGUCGAUUCUGAAGAGGAGGAGGAGGAAGAUGAAGACAUCGACCGGGCUUCAGAUCCUCUUCUGGGAAGGGAUGUGGUCCGAGACUGUCUGGAGAAGGACCCAGCGGACAGGACUGAUGAUGAUAUCGAACACUUACUGGAGUUCAUGCACCAGCUCCCUGCUUUUGCAAACAUGACGAUGUCUGUCAGAAGGGAGCUGUGCUCUGUCAUGAUAUUUGAAGUAGUGGAACAAGCAGGGGCCAUCAUUCUCCAAGACGGACAAGAACUGGAUUCCUGGUACGUUAUUCUGAAUGGCUCAGUGGAAAUCGCUCAUCUUGAGAGGAAUGAGAUUCUUUGCAUGGGAAACAGCUUCGGGAUUUCUCCCACCCUGGAUAAACAGUACAUGAGCGGACUAGUGCGGACCAAAGGAGAUGACUGCCAGUUUGUGUGUAUAGCCCAGCAAGACUACUGGAGGAUUCUGAACCAUGUGGAGAAGAACACACACAAGGUGGAGGAGGAAGGGGAGAUUGUGAUGGUGAAGGAGCACAGGGAGCUGGACCGCAGCGGCACAAGGAAAGGGCACAUUGUCAUCAAGGGAACUCCAGAUCGGCUUAUAAUGCACUUAGUAGAAGAGCAUUCUGUGGUGGACCCCACCUACAUCGAAGAUUUCUUACUCACCUACAGGACGUUCCUGUCGAGUCCCAUGGAAGCCGGAAGGAAACUGUUAGAGUGGUUCAAGGUUGACAGCCUCAGGGACAAGGUCACACGGGUGGUGUUGUUGUGGGUGAACAAUCACUUCAAUGAUUUUGAAGGGGAUCCUGCAAUGACGCAGUUUCUUGAAGAGUUUGAAAACAAUUUGGAAAUGGCAAAAAUGAAAGGUCACCUCAGACUGCUGAACAUUGCUUGUGCAGCUAAAGCCAAAUGGAGACAAAUAACCCUGCUGAAGCCAUCUAGAGAGUCAUCUCUCCAUUUCAGCCUGCUGGGUGGAAGUGAGAAAGGGUUAGGGAUCUUUGUUGAAUCUGUGGAACCAGGGAGUAAAGCAGCAGAGGCUGGACUGAAACGGGGAGACCAGAUAAUGGAAAUAAAUGGCCAAAACUUUGAAAACAUUGCGAAUGCUAAAGCUGUCGAAAUCCUGAGGAAUAACACGCAUCUAUGUAUAACAGUAAAAACAAACAUAUUUGUGUUUAAAGAUCAGUUGAGCAGAAUCACACACGAAAAGAAGAAUGGGAUUCCACAUAUUCCCAAAAUCCAAGAGAAAAAAGGCAACCGCUACUCCAUCCCAGACCUCCCGCUGGAUAUGGAGCAUAUGUUUCCUAAUGAAAAGGGAAACAAGAAGAUCAAAGCCAGCACUGUGUCGGGAGGAAGGAACAAAAUCCGAAAGAUCCUGGGCUUCAGCAUCCUGCCUCCAAAGCCUUUCAGUGACGGUGGAGUAAGUCAGUCCCAAGAUGACAGUAUCGUAGGGACCAGGCAGUGCAGACACAGUGUUGCUAUCAUGCCCAUUCCUGGAACUCUGUCGUCCAGCAGCCCCGACCUCCUUCAGCCUGCUGUCAAUGUGCUGGACUUCUCCAACCCUGCAGCUGUAGGCUUUUACUACAUUCCAGAUCAAGUGAUCCGAGUCUUCAAGGCAGACCAGCAGAGCUGCUACAUCAUAAUAAGCAAAGACACCACAGCGAAGGACGUGGUGUCGCACGCAGUCAAUGAGUUUGGGCUGACGGCAGCAGCCGAGACCUACUCCCUCUGUGAGGUUUCUAUCAGUCCAGAGGGAGUGAUAAAACAAAGGAGGCUUCCUGAGCAACUGUCCAAACUAGCAGACAGAAUCCAACUCAAUGGAAGAUACUAUCUUAAGAACAACAUGGAGACGGAGACUUUGUGCUCAGAUGAGGAUGCCCAGGAGCUGCUGAGAGAGAGCCAGAUCUCGCUGCUCCAGCUCAGCACUGUUGAGAUGGCCACACAGCUCUCCAUGAGGGAUUUCGAGCUGUUCCGCAACAUCGAGCCCACAGAGUACGUGGACGACCUCUUCAAGUUGAACUCCAAGACCGGCAACGCUCACCUCAAACAGUUCGAGGAGGUGGUGAACCAAGAGACGUUCUGGGUGGCCACGGAAAUCCUGAAGGAGCCCAACCAGUUCAAGAGGAUGAAGAUCAUCAAGCACUUCGUCAAAAUCGCUCUGCACAGCAGAGAGUGCAAGAAUUUCAACUCCAUGUUUGCGAUUAUCAGCGGUCUAUAUCUUGUUCCAGUCGCUCGUCUGAGGGGUACAUGGGAGAAACUGCCAAGCAAAUAUGAGAAACUUUUCAGGGAUCUUCAAGAUAUUUUUGACCCUUCCAGAAACAUGGCCAAGUAUCGCAACGUGCUGAGCAGCCAGAGUAUGCAGCCACCCAUCAUUCCUCUUUUCCCAGUUGUAAAGAAGGACCUAACCUUUCUUCAUGAAGGUAACGAUUCAAGUGUGGAAGGUUUGGUGAACUUUGAAAAACUGCGAAUGAUUGCCAAGGAGAUCCGACAUGUCACCCGAAUGACUUCCGUGAACAUGGAUCCAGCCUUGAUGUUCAGACAGAGGAAGAAGAGAUGGAAAAGUUUAGGAUCUUUAAGUCAGGGCAGCACCAACUCUAACAUGCUCGAUGUACAAGGAGGGGCCCACAAAAAGCGCGUGCGUCGCAGCUCCCUGCUCAACGCCAAGAAGCUGUAUGAGGAUGCGCAGAUGGCACGGAAAGUGAAGCAGUACCUUUCCAAUCUGAAUGUGGAAACCGACGAGGAGAAAUUCCAGAUCAUGUCUCUCCAGUGUGAGCCUGCCUACAGCACCUUGUCCAAGAAUCUAAGUGACAGAAGAUCAGGAAAAUCGGACAUGUCUCCAGUGUCCAUGAGGUCCUCAAACCCGUCUGGAAAAUCGCAUCAGCAGCACAGAAUCAGCCAAGUUCUGCAGGUGCCUUCUGUCAACCUGAAUCCUCUCCGGAGAAAGGGGACCUCGAAGGACGUCGCCUCAUCCAGUGCUGGUUCUCCCCAGUGUGUAAAGAAAACUGCCGACACGUGUGACGAUGUCUCCUGUAAGAGACCUGCCGACGAUGCCAUAUCUACAGCCUCCUCCCUGCAUUCCAGCCCCCCUGUAUCUCCCCAUGGAUCCCCACACAAAGUUGGGAGUAUCCCGAGAUCACGGAACUCCAGUCAGAUGAAUCUCUCAGGCUCCUCCUCAUCCCUGACUAGUGAGACCAGCACCAAGAACAGCGGGCAGCGCAGCUACGGGAUAGGUUACGCUCUGAUGCCAACCACAAAAUCUGAUAACUUCUCUGACUCGAGCCACAGCGAGAUCUCCUCCCGCUCCAGCAUUGUCAGCAAUUGCUCUGCUGACUCCAUGUCUGCCACAUCAGAAGAGCGCAGCUUAACACAGCAUCUCAGCUUCCCAGAACCCACUGCAGCUGCAGACAGGAAAGACAACAUGCCAACCGCAGCACCCCAGUGCAGCCACCCUUCCACCAGUUAUUCAGUGCCAAGGCCUGCUGUAACCAGGGGCUCAACGUUCACACCCUCCACAAGCCACGACGAGUUUGCCCACGGCCACGUCUCCACAGACACAGCAGACAGCGGGAGGGGCAGCUGGACGUCGUGCUCAAGUAACUCCCACGACAACUUCCAGAGCAUCCAGAACCAGAGAGGCUGGGACCUGGGCUCUUUCCACCACACCAAGCUCGAUGGGCCCAUUGUCGAGGUGGAGCCUACGGGGUCCUGGGCAGAGGAGGACCUUCAGAGAAGUAACAGGCAUUCCAAAAACAGCUUAGAGCUGAGCCAGUCGAGGCAAAGCUGGGCCUCCUCCAGCUCCCUCUCUGACACGUAUGAGGGGAACUACGGAACCAUUAAGAGGAGGGUUCUGGAUAGUUCUGGGGUAGCCCAGGGCGAAGCUUCAGAUUGUGAACCAAGCACAGAUGCAGUUUAUAAAACUGUCACUUCAAGCACAGAAAAGGGACUUAUAGUGUACUGUGUCACUUCCGCUCAGAAGGACGAUAGAUAUAGGGCACCACCACCCACUCCUCCAGGAUACCUGGGAAUCCCAUUAGUGGCUGUAAAGGAAGGAGCAACCCGCCACCCGCGAUUAAAACCUCCAGACUAUAGUGUGGCAUUGCAGAGGUCAAAGUUGGUCACGCCCCACUGUGCCAUUGCUAGGCAACCAGAAGCUGGUAUUCACGCCAAGACGCUAGUUCAGUCCCCGACACAAAAGCGGCAAGACUCUGACCCUAGACUAGCCAAUGUUAAUCAACAGAGAGAACAAGCUAGUGAGGAGGAUGAAGAACAAGUGUCAGCUGUGUAACUAUGUAAUGACCAGGACCAGAUUGUGAGAGAGUUUGCAACACUUUCUGGAGCCCGUAGCACAGGAGGAAAAGAAGAAUAUCGUUUUAGACGCUAACUAAGACGCUUGCUGCUUUCUUCUGCUGUGGAAAACAUCAGUGGCAUCAAUGCUGUGUGUGCCGCCCAGCAGUGACCUGGCCUGCACUAUGUGUUGCUGCAUAUAUAUAUUAAUUCAAACAAAACGAACAUACAUCAACUUGUUUUUUAUUUUUUGUUGGAUUAAUAUUUUUUGUCCGAUUUGUCGUACCUCAGACAGUAUUGUAAAUGGGACCAGAUCAAAUCUUCAGGGACCACAAUAUCCAACGGCCUCUAUCAUUUAAACAUGUUCAUGAAUCAAUAGUGGGGAGUUUAGUUGUGAUGGUGGACUGGGGGGGGGGGGUUAUUAAAAAUGUUUUAAGUGUGGAAGCACUGUAACUGCAGACUUUGAGGAGACUGAUAGAAAUGCUUCAAGCCUUGUUUUAAGAUAAUAGGCUGUACUACAAAGGGAAGCAGGCCCAUGCAUUUAGCAGCAUGCUCAUGCUUUGCAAGUACAGCCUGGCCAGUCUCAUUUGAAGUUUAAACAGGCAAUGCAGAGGAAUUUGAUAGGGGCGGAGGAGACAGUGGAAGAGCUAUUUCAGAAGAGUGUGAGGUUAUCUGAACUUUCAUUAGAUCAAGGCAACAUCUGUUUUCAACCCUUUAAUAGCAUUGUAUAAUUGAAUGUGGUUAGUAGUACUGCAUAGAAAACUGUUGCUAAAAGGCAUCGGCAGGAGCAGUGUCACAGUAGUGAGGCCAUCUUUCCACUGCUGUUUACAAGCAAGCACAUGACAAUUCAAGUAUAUACCUGAAAGCUGAAGUACAGCGUCACUUAAUAAUGAAUUAUGGAUUGGCAUUCUGUACCACUGUAAAAUGAACAGCAGCAGAUGAAUCACAGUCAAGUGACGUCAAUGGGAAUGCUAACAUUCUAGCUGUGCACUACAGUAAAACAUACACCUGAAGCAUUAAAAAGCAUACAGUUUGCACAAUGCUAACUAUUCUAGACAAGCGGGGUGCCGGGUUCUAAAAGCCCAUCAUCUCUGAAUUGAUUUCCUUUUUUUUUUUUUUUGGUGUGAUCCCAGAACAAUACUAAUCAUUCUGACAAACUGUUUCAUUACGCUGUUCUCGUAUCAGCCCCUGUCAACGUCGCCUGCUUUCUUCUGCUGCCAAAAAGCAACAAUAAGCAUUGGAUAGUUUUAUAUCUAGGGGGAAUAACUGGAAUAUAAGCAGAUUCUUUUCAGUUUACAUUCAUUUUGGUGCCCAAGAUUAUUAUUAUUACUAUUAUUAUUAUUUUUGCCAUACUUGAAAGUGUUAAA